AAAACAGAGGAUGGGGCGGAGCUAAGGUUGGGCACAGUCACGUGGUUUAUAUCUAGGAAGCGUUCUGUAAGUAUCAUUAAGCUUUGAGGAAGGAUAGUUUCUAAAACAAGAAUACUUGCUUCCAUCAGACAAUGAAGACUCUGUUGGUGUUUGACUUUGACCACACAGUGGUAGAUGAUAAUAGUGACACUUGGGUCGUUAAGUGCACUCCUGAGCAGGAUUUGCCAGACUGGCUCAAAAACACCUAUCAGAAAGGGCACUGGACUGAAUAUAUGGGAAGGGUUCUCUCUUACAUAGGAGAUCAAGGAAUCCGAGAAGAUGCAAUAAGAACUGUUAUGGAAACUAUGCCUUAUACAGCUGGGAUGAUUGAUCUUUUGAAGUUCAUCGGUCAAAACAAAGAAAGAUUGGACUGCAUAAUAAUUUCAGACUCCAACACAGUUUUCAUUGACUGGAUUUUACAUGCAGCUGGUGCUCAGUGUGCAGUCGACAGGGUUUUUACAAAUCCUGCACAUUUUGAUGACCGAGGUUACCUUGAUGUUCAGUGCUUCCAUUCUCAUUCCUGUGCACAAUGCCCUGUUAAUCUUUGCAAAAGAAAAGUACUGGAAGACUUUUUAGAGAGACAGUUAAUGGCGGGUGUGCAAUAUCAACUCACUGUUUACAUUGGUGAUGGAGGGAAUGACCUUUGCCCCGUUAAAAGCUUAAAGACAUCUGAUGUUGCUAUGCCCAGAAAGGGAUAUUCGUUGGACAGGCUGAUUUCUAAGUUAAAUGCAGGUGAUUCAAGACACCUUGAAUCUCGUGUUGUAGGCUGGUCAUCAGGUCUAGAUAUCCUCAAUGAGAUGAAUUCACUAAUGAAACAGUCAUGUUUGUAGUGCAGUUGUAAUUUUUGUCCUGUUUACAAAGCUUUAACUCAUGGGCCUUCCAAAAAAUAGUUUUCUUUAAAUAAAGUUUGUUAUAAAGAAAUUGCUUUAGACCGUUGUUAAGAAGCCCAUAACGGUCUACAACAGUUUCAUGGAUGCUAAACUCUAUUUUAUUCAUAAAUCAGCCAGAAUUUUUAGACCAUAGUAAUAUAUAUAUAAUAUAUAUAUUUAUUUAUUUAACAUAACACUCUUGUCUACUUAAGAAUGUGUUCAGUAAACAAUUCUGCAAUAGUCAUUGGAAUUUGCUAUAGUAAUUGGGAUCUGUAUGUAUUCACUCAUUAUUGAGAUUUUUAACUGUGUCAAAUCCACAUCUGAAUAUAAAGAGAUAUCUCUUUCACCCUUUCAAACUUUUCUAGCAAAUUAGCACAAAUGUAAUUAAAUUGUACCAAACAAGAGAUAUCACCUUGAAGUGAAAUAAUUAUAAGAUGGCUUGUUUGAGAAACAAGAAUAACAAUCAUAAUGAUAAUGAUAUUCUGUAUUUUAAAACCCUUUUUCUUGAAGAAUGUGUUUAAGCCUUGUGUCUUGUUCAUGAAAUGCUUGAAUGAGCCUCAGUUUAUAAUUGACAUGUAAAACAAAUAAAAAUACUGUAUAACUUUAAAUGUGCAGAGUUCUGUUUAUUACAUUAUGAUAUAACCCAAAAUGUUACAGCCAUAGCACUGCCCUAUAUAGGCAACUGACGUAUCAAUCAAUCAAUCAAUCAAUCAAUCAAUCUUUAUUUUAUAUAGCGCCUUUCAUAGUGGACCACCAUCACAAAGCACUUUACAAGAUAG